UGAGCCCGAGCAGCUCAGUCGACGUUCGACGCCACAGCAGGCAGCAGACAGAAGGCGGCGGCGCAGUUCACCACAGAGCAGGACUUCGCUGUGCCACUGUAAGACUGACAUCGCCAUCCCAACGCUCCCGAUUGAAUCGUUGAUACCAAGAUACUACAGGAAACAUGCCAAUCCUAGACAGAUGCUGCUUUUGUGGCUCCCUUAAGUGGGGAACCAUCAUCACAGGGCUACUUGGCAUCAUUCUUGCAAUUGCUACUCUUAUCUUUGUUCUUGUUACAAAUGUGAAGAUGCAGACAAUUGUGAUUGACACAUUGCCACCUCUAAUUGUGAAAAUUAUACUAGCCAUAAACCUUGUGAUGACAGUUCUCAUCUCAGGACUACUAGUUAUUGGAGCAAUCAGACGCAGCAAGUACAUGAUGUUGCCAUUUGUUGUCCUUGGAAUAAUGCUGGCAAUUGGAUUGUUUAUCUCAAUAAUAUACACAUCUGUUACAAAUUUCAUAAAGGGAAAGGAAUUAUUAGGAAGUAUUUGGUUGGUUGGUGGCCUUAUCAGUGUUGCAAUAUAUGUGUACCUUUGGCUGGUAGUGUUCAGUUACUAUCAGCUUGUCCAAGAGGAAGGUGGACGUGGUCCCUACACGAAGUCAACUUAUAGACGAUGAAUGACAUGAAAUUCAAACAAUCAUCAGAACAUUCAUGAAUUUGUUGAAGACUCAUAAAAAUUGUGCAUGUUGUAAUUUUUAAGUUCUCUGUUUUUGUUGAUUAAUGUUUAUUUAUUUUUAUUGUGCCUCGACAGUUGUAAGCUUACAUACUUUUAAAGUUGUUUGCCGAAGAACAUCAUUUUCAUUAGUUGUCAAUGUCAUGGAAGAAUGUGUGUUUCUAGCCUGCUUAUUUGUGAAUCAGUUAUCGAAGCUAACUUUAAAUUGCCUAAAUCUUGCUUUAGGCUCUAUUACAUGCAUAC